GCUUUUAUGUCAUUCAGUACUUGAAUGCGGAAAGCAAAGUGUUGUUAUACUUGAACUUUUUGCUAUACUGUAUUUCGGUUCAGUUCAGUGCGUACUCUUUUGGACGAAGGUUUAGCGACUCGCUAAGGGGCGUAUUGCGUAUUUGCGCGUUUAAUCUCCGUAUUAGUGAGAAAUCAUUAUUUUAAAAUAAAUUUGUGUUUGUUUUUGUGGUCAAUAUAAAUACCGCAACAUGUUCAGCGGAAUUGCAGGCGCUUUCCGAAGCAUCGGAGAGAAAACCGCGUCCCUAUUCGAGCGUAAGAAGAAGGAUGCAGAGCAGAUCGCAGCGGAGAAGGCACAAGAGGCUGCCCACGUGGUUGAAGAACAAGUAAAGAAGGCGGGAGAAAUGAUUGGCGGGGCUCAGCAGAACGCUAACCAAGCCGCUGACGCAGCUUCUAACACGAAGAAUGCAGCUAUCGAUGCUUUAGACAAGGAACUGUCGAAGGUAUCCCUGGCAGCCGGCGAGGCUGUGGACGCCGCCAACAAGGCAGUCGCUGAUGGAAAGAAAGUCAUCGACACGACUAAAGACACACUCGCAACAACAGUCGACAACACGAAGAAAGCCGCAGAAUCCGCGUACAAUACAACUAAAGAUACUGUAAGUAGCACGGUUGAGGGUACUAAGAGUUUAACACAAUCUGCAGUUGACACCAGCAUGAGUUAUGUUGGGAGUGCAAAAGAUACCGUAGCGAAUGUUGCACAAAGCACUGUAGAUACAGCACAAAAAACCGCUUAUUCGGCGUUUGAAACUGGAAAAUCGUAUGCCGCUAGUGCGAAAGAUACAAUAGCAAACACCGUCAGUAGUACAGUAGAUACGACCCAAAGAGCCGCGCAAUCAGUUCUAGAGACAGGAAAAACGUAUGCAACAAGUGCAAAAGAUACAGUAGCUAAUACAGUAUCUAGUGCCGCGGAUACUACACAGAAAACUGCACUGUCCGCAUUUGAAACUGGUAAAUUGUACGCUACAAGUGCAAAAGACAAAGUCUCUACCGCUGUAAGUAGUACUGUGGAUUCCACACAAAAAACUGCACAAUCCGCUUUAGAUACUGGAAAAUCUUACGCUGUUUUUGCACAAGAUAAAGUAUCAAACACAUUAAAUUCUACUGUUGACACAACGCAAAAAACAGCACAGUCCGCUUUUGAUACGGGAAAGGCAUAUGCGGUUACUGCAAAAGACACUGUGACUGGUUCAGUUAACGCCACUGUUGAAGGAACGAAAAACGCAGUACAUUCUGCUGUCGACACGUCGAAAUCUUGUUUAGAUACUGCUAAAGAAUCAUCACAAUUAACGAUGCAAAACACCUUCGAUGUUUCGAAGAGCUAUGUUAACACAAUGCUUGAUGUAGGCAAAGCAUAUUUAGACUCCGCUAAAGAUACGGUAGCAAGUACUGUAGAUAGUACUAAAAAAACCGCCCAAAGUACAAUCGAAACAGGAAGGGCUUACGUCGACUCGGCUAAAGAUACAGUACAAAAUACAAUCCAAAGUACGGUAGAUACGACAAAAAAUGCUGCACAAACUGCAGUUGAAACAGGCAAGACUUACGUUGACACCGCUAAAGAUACCGUGGCCAGUACAGUAGACACGACCAAAAAAGCUGCCACCACCGCUGUAGGCACGGGUAUUUCCUAUAUCGGAGCUGCGAAAGACACAGUAGUUAAUACAGUUACCAGCACAGUAGACACGACCAAGAAUGUUGCGGCUUCAGCAGUAGAUAAGGGUACAGCAUUAGUAGGAAGCGCUAAAGAUACAGUCGUAAAUACAGUUCAAAGCACUGUUGAUACAACUAAAAAUGUAGCCGCAUCUGCUGUAGACAAAGGUUCAACAAUCGUAGGAACCGCUAAAGACACAGUAGUUAAUGCUGUCAGUAGCACUGUAGAUACGACUAAAAACGCAGCUGCAUCUGCAGUAGACAAAGGCACAGCUUUAGUAGGAACUGCUAAAGACACUGUCACAAGCACAGUAGAUAUGAGUAAAAACGUUGCCGCAUCUGCAGUAGACAAAGGUGUAGGCUUUGUUGGAAGUGCCAAAGAUACCGUAGUUAAUACAGUCACAAGCACGGUAGACACAACUAAAAAUGUCGCUGCUUCAGCAGUAGACAAAGGUGCAGCUAUCGUAGGUAGCGCUAAAGAUACAGUAGUUAAUACGGUUACCAGUACAGUAGACACAACUAAAAACGUUGCUGCUUCAGCAGUAGAUAAGGGUGUUGGUUUUGUUGGAACUGCCAAAGACACAGUAGUUAAUACAGUUGGAAGCACAAUAGAUGCGACUAAAAAUGCUGCUGCUGGGGCAGUUGAAAAGAGUGCAGCUAUUGUUGGUGGUGCCAAAGACACGGUAGUUAAUACAGUUACCAGCACAGUAGAUACAACAAAAAACGUCGCUGCUUCAGCACUCGAUAAAGGUGUUAGCUUUGCCGGAAGUGCUAAAGAUACUGUUGUAAACACCGUUGGUAGUACAAUAGAUACGACUAAAAAUGUAGCUGCAAGUGCAGUAGAUAAAGGUGCAACCUUUGUUGGUUCUGCUAAAGAUACAGUAGUGAGCACAGUUGAUACAACUAAAAAUCUAGCUGCAUCUGCAGUAGACAAAAGUGCAGCUUUUGUAGGAAGUGCUAAAGAUACGUUCUCAAGUUCCAUUAGUAGCACUGUAGACACGACGAAGGGUGUUGCUAGUGCUGUUGUAGACAAAGGGUCAUCUUUCUUAGUAGGCGCUAAAGGCUUGGUUGAAUCAAAAUUUGGAGCUACAAAAGAAGAUGUACCAACAGUAUGGGAUGAUUGGGCCGAAGAUUCUACUGACACCAUCAACACGACUGUAGACACAACAAAGAAGGCAGCAGAAGACGCGAAGGCGCAAGCUGUGAAGGCUGCAGAGGAGGCCAAGGAGAAGGCGCGACUUGCCGCUGAGGCUGCUAAGGAAGAGGCUAAGAGAGCCGCCAACGCUGCAGUGGAAGAAUCUAAGAAGGCAGCGGAAAAAGCGGCGGCGGACGCCAGCAAUGCGGUUCACAGCACUGUCGACAACACUCUGAAGCGCGUGGAGGACGCCGCUGACCAGGGUCUUAAGAACGCCAGCAAUGUCGUCGACGCCAAGAUCAAGGACGCUGAUAAAUUCCUCAGCGAGAAGCGUGAUGCGCUUGUAACAAACAUCUCGUCCGCGGCGCACGAUGGCGCGCAGGGCGCCGCCGGACUGCUCAGCAAGGGACUGGCCACCUUCCCCAAAUAAACACUUUAUAACAAAAAACUCCUUAAAUGUCUCAUAAAAACAUAAAAUCAUCCGGGAAACUAACAGACUGCUUUGUAAAUAUAUUAUUGUAUUGUAUUUUAUUGUAAACAUAUUUGUAAAAAAUGUUACAUCCUAAAUAUAUAAAUAUUGUUAUAUGAAAUUUUUAAACAACGUGUUACUCAAUUAUUAUAUUUAAUAACAAUUAAUAGUUCGAAUCUGUUGGAUUUCCCGUUCAUUUUAUUUUCAUUUUAUUUAAUUAUAUGUGCACAUUUCUAUGAAUAUGCAAUUUCAGGUACAAUUAUUUGUUACUUAUAUACAAAGUAAAAUUUGCUAUUAUUUAUGUAUACAUUAUUUUAAUGUUUGCUUAAAAUGUAUACAAUGUUAAAUGUAUACAUUUUGCUUAGUUAUUAAAUCUCUAUGUAUGUACUCGUCUAGUUGUAAAUAGUAUAAGUUAUGUUAAGGUAAAUGUUCUUUUAAAUUGCAUUUUGGCUUGCAGUUUGUUAUAACAUGCUUGGCUUAAACCGUCCGUAAAAAUUGCCUUUAUUUAUGAAAUACUCAAAUAGACACUGAAAAAUGUUUUAUUUAUACAUGUUAUUGAGGCAAAAUUACACAAAUAUUUAUUAUAUUCAUAAAUAUAUUUCAAUUCAUUCUUGUAUAAUACAGUUUGUAAGCAGAUAAAUAGUACAUAUUUUUUAUAUUUUGUGAUACGAUUUUAUAUAUAUAUUAUAUCAAUGCAAUAGAUUAAAAAAUAUUUACAUUGUAUAAUCAUGGAUUUUUACACAAAAUAAUUGGUUUUAUAGAAUGUUGUGAAUUUUAUGUUGUAGGCAUGUGCUACGUCGUUGAAAGCUAUUUUUCAAAAAUUCUGUAAGUUUUGUUAUUUAAUAAAUGCAUUGCCAUCCA